UACACCCCCCCCCGAAAGUCCUGCUGCAGGAAGGUCGGAGGGUCCCUGCUGGUCAGGGCCCUGGCCUGUGGGAACCCCCCCCCCCUGCAGACACGAUGAGCUCGGGUGGGGCCAGGGGUCUGGGGGGCUCCGUGCGGGAGUUCACGCGUCACGCCAGUGAUGUGCUGCUAAAUCUGGACCAGCUCCGGCACCGCCGCGCCCUGACCGACGUCACCCUGCUGGUGGGGGGCGCCCCCCUAGUGGCCCACAAGGCCGUGCUCGCUGCCUGCAGUGGCUUCUUCUACUCCAUCUUCCUGGCCCAGGGGGGCAGCGAGGUCAGUGUCAUCACCCUGCCUGGAUCCAUCCAGCCCGGGGGCUUCCAGGCCCUGCUGGAUUUCAUGUACACCUCCCGCCUGCCCCUCACCCCAGCCUCCGUCCCAGCCCUGCUCAGCGCUGCCACCUACCUGCAGAUGGAGCACGUGGUGGACGCCUGUCACCGCUUCGUCCAGGCCAGUUACGACCGCGCUAGCUUCUACUCCAAGCCACUCCCCUCCCCAGCAGACCCCAAGCCCCAGGACCCCCUCCAAGGACCUCCAGACGCCAGUGGGACGGUGCCCGCAGGGGGUCUCCACCCAGAGGGGCCGAGCCCAGGGGCCCCCCUGCGAACGGUUCCAGCCAGGCCCCCGGCGAAGGAUUCUGGAGGGGCACCCCCGGGGGGGGAGCGGGGCCCCCCCCACAGCCCAUCGCGCUCCAAGGGGCACCCCGCCACCCCCCGCGAGUCCAGCGGCUGCGCCCCCAACCCCAAAGCCUGCAACUGGAAGAAAUACAAGUUCAUCGUCCUGAACUCCCUGCGGGGAGAGGGGGUGGGGGGAGGAGGCGGGGCCGGUCCCCAGCCCCCCGGCCCCCUGACCCCUCCCGAGCCCCCGGCCGGUGGAGACCGAGGCAUCUGCCGUGGCGGGGAAGACGAGGGCGGCCCCAGGACCCAGCAUGACAGCGCCCCCUGCGGGCCGCCCCCCGCCCUGUCACCGUGCCCCCUGUGCACCCAGCGCCUUCCCCAGGGGCCGCCCCAGCCCGCAGCAGGUGCAGGGCCAUACGGCUGCGGGGCCUGCGAGCUGGGCCUGGACGAGGAGGAGGGGGAGGAAGGGGGGGUGGCCAGGGGGCAGGCCCCGGCGGCCGCCCCCCACGACAACAAACCGUUCAAGUGCCAGCUCUGCCGCUCAGCCUUUCGCUACAAGGGCAACCUGGCCUCCCACCGCGCCGUCCACACCAGUGAGAAGCCAUACCGCUGUGGAGUCUGUGGGGCCCAGUUCAACCGGCCGGCGAACCUCAAAACCCACUCACGGAUCCACUCAGGGGAAAAGCCCUACAAGUGUGAGACCUGCGGCUCCAGCUUCGUGCAGGUCGCCCACCUCCGGGCCCACGUGUUGAUCCACACGGGUGAAAAGCCCUACCCUUGCGAGACGUGCGGGACCCGCUUCCGGCACCUACAGACACUCAAGAGCCACAUCCGGAUCCACACGGGCGAGAAACCAUAUCACUGCGAGACCUGCCACCUGCACUUCCGGCACAAGAGCCAGCUGCGCCUGCACCUGCGGCAGAAGCACGGGGCCGUCACCAACACCAAGAUUCGCUACGCGGUGCUGGCCGGCCCGGCCGGCGCCCGCUGCUGAACGGGGACCGUGCUUCCUCCCCCUCCCACCAGGGGGCAGGAGAGAGACACCGCUCUCCUCCCCCACCCCGCAUGGCUGCCGCCUUCGCUCCUGCCAGCAGGGAGCGUUGUCUCGGGGUAGGGGGAAUUCCUGUCCCGUCAGGAGGGGCCCGCUGGUCGUGAAACCCUUUCAUGGCAUGUGUUGUCCUGUGGUGUCUGGGCUGGGGUGCUAUGGGACGUGGGGGGGCUAUGGGAUGCAGGAGGGUGGUCUCUCUAGUCUAUAGAGGACCCAGUUCUCCGUGUGUGUGUGUGGACGGAGUGUAUAUGCACCCUGUGUUUUGAAGUGGGUCUGCCAUUUUGCCUGCCCACCCCCCCAAGCUGGGGAGGGAACCCAGGAGUCCUGGCUCUCAGCCCCCCACCCUGCACUAACACACCACUCUCCUCCCAGAGCUGGGGAGAGAACCCAGGAGUCCUGGGUUCUUUAAGUGUGGCACAGGAAGUGAUGUCAGAGCUCUGCAGGCAGAGCAUCCUGAGAGACCACACCCCCCACUUGUCUUAGCUACUUAAUUUUCAGUUGAUUUAUGUUUUCUUCUGGAAGACAAUAUCUCAUUUGGUUAAACCGGUUUCAAUCCAGAGUCACUCUGAAUUCUCUCCUACCCUGGACAUCUCUAUGGACAACUGAUGACGCUGGCUUGAUGUUGGCUUAACUGAAAUCAGCAGUUGCCAGUUGUGCAUAGACUUCAGUGAAGUUCUAAUCACGAUCUAAAUCUGGGAGGAGUGACUGAUUUAACCACCCUGGAAGUCUCUCUAGCCAGCUCAUUGUGGUGCUGCAGUUUUGGUGACACUAGUGUCAACCCAGAGGCACUCCAGUUAAGUUCUCAGCGAGGUUGGACAUCUUUAGGGACACCGGAUGUCUCUGGUUUGACAGCAGUUUAAUCAAAAUCAGGAGUCACUAGCUGUCCAUGAAGACCUCAAAGACAUUCUAGUCCAGUCUCUAAAGUUCUGUGGAUUGACUCUGGAUUGACUCUGAUUUUACUAAAAUCCAGAUUCACCAUUUGUCUACAGAGUCUUUACUGAAGAUCUAGCCUACCCUAGAAGUGUCUAUGGACAACUGGUGACUCCAGAAUUUUGUUUAAACCAGUUUUAAUACAGAGUCACUCCAGUUAAGCUUUCCCCUACCUACAAUGUCUCUAUGGACAACUGGUGACUCCAGCUUGAUGCUGGUUUAAGGUGUUGUCUUUUCUUUUUCACAAAGGUUCUUUAAAGAAUUAAAUGUAUUUUUUUGCUGACAGUGGCUUUUUCUGACCUGUAUCUAUCUAUAUUUUUUUAAUUACUCCCCAAGUUGAGGGGUGUAUUUUUUGUUACUUUUAAUUUGCUUUGCAAUGUUAGUGCUUGGAGCAAAUGGAAAAGGUGUUUGUAGCUCGGCCACUUGACCCUGUGUUAGUUAGUUGCCCGCUCUAGAUGGUCCUAGAGUCGUAUUGGGGCAGGUCCGUUGCAAAAGGGUUCUUGAUGUGUUGGAGAUCUCUGGAAGCGUGAGGUGUAGCAAAGCAAGGAGUUUGAUCCUAAGGUCUGGGGACAUUCUGGAGAUUAUCUGGUUGGAGUCUAGAACCUAAGGUAUCCGGUGUUCAGGGCUAUGUUAUCCAGCAUUUAAAUGUUCCACCUUCUGAGUGUAGAACACCCACAUUUAAAUGGAUAUGGGAUCAUGGGAUCCAGAACAUUUGAGGUGUCUUGUCUACUGAAUUGUGGGUUCUAGACUGUGUUCUUCUGGAGUCUACAUAUUCCAGCUCCAGAGUCCAGAUCCUCUGAGGUCUUCUCUUUACGGAAUCCUGGGUUCCAGAAUCUGUAUUUUCUGAAUCUAAAUAUUCCAUCCAACGAGUCUGGAGCCUCUCGAAUCAAAGGUUUCAGGAGCAGAGGUUCUGGAUUGUUAAAAUGUAGAUGAUCCAGGCCCCCAUCACAUAUUGCCUCUGAGGUCGUCUGGCUAUGGGUUCCUGACUUCCAGGCCUUUUUCUCAAUAAUACUUCUCCAGAUACUAGAACCUCUGAGGCCUCCUGUCUACCAGAUCCUGGGUUUUAGGUUCUUUGGAGUCUCUGUCUCCAGAUUGUGGAACCGCUCAGCUCAAGGGCUUCUGGAGCAGGGGUUCUAGAUUAUUAAUCUGUAACCCUUCCAUAUUCACUUUGCCAGAUGGCCUUUGGGCAUUUCAUAGAAUCAUAGAAUAUCAGGGUUGGAAGGGACCUCAGGAGGUCAUCUAGUCCAACCCCGAAAGCUCAAGUUGUGGAGACCAAAGCUAGAGUGACGCAGAGUCUCUGGUCCCAGCUAAGGUUCUAGAUUGUCAUUGGAUGAGUCUAGAACACAACUGAUUGAUGGGCUGUAUCAUUCAGGAAUCCCUCUGGAUCUGGAAUACUGCAGGGUGGAAGAUAUUUGGCACGGGUGAGGGAACAGAAGAGCUGAUGCAAUACGUUGCAAGGACUGAGACCACAUCCCCUACUCCCCCAAAACAAUUAAAGUCAGAGCAGGUUACUGGGGCAAGAGAGGGAUCUGGGAUCACAGUGUCCCUAGAAUAAAGCUCAAAAUUUCAGCAACAACUGGUCUUUGCUGCUCCAGAAGAGGUCUGGAACCUCUGGUGCUUCACGGUAUGUGGGGAAAAGGGAGGGAGCUGUGGUUUUGGAAUGAGGUGGGAAGUUUAUUGCCUUCCAAUUGCCAGGGGGAAAAACAAAUGGGAAAAGAGUCUAGAAUAGCAUAGUCUAAAACAACCUAGGAAUGGAUACAAAUAUCAGCGGGUAGCCGUGUUAGUCUGUAUCCACAAAAACAACUCCUUGUUGUUUUUUUAGGAAUAGAUAGUGUGGCGUAGAAUGGAUAAUGGAACCUACAAUCAAUGUAGAGUAAAGUCUAGAACAGAUAGUCCAUUCUAGAACUGAUGCCAUAGGAAUGGAUUGCAUGGUCUAGAACAGAUUGCCCAAUCGAGAAUCAAUAGAUUGGGAAGGGUUAUGCCAGCCUAGAAUGGAUCGCCUAGGAAUGAAAAGUCCUGUCUAGAAAGAUAACACAAUCUAGAACACAUAGUCUCUGAACAGUUUGUGCUGUCUGGAACAGACUGUGCUGCCUAUAAUGGAGAGUACAACCUAGGAUGGCAAGCAUAAUCUAGAAUUCAUGAACAAGAAAUGGAUACCACCACCCAGGACUGCACAGUCUAGUACUGAUAACCUAGGUAUGGACAGCCCAGUCUAGAAUGAUAGCCCAAAUCUAGAAACCAUAGCUUAGGAAGGGAUGCCGCAGCCUGGACCAUAUAGCACCAUCUAGAAUGACCUAGCCUAGGAAGGCUAGCACUAUCUAGAAUGGCUAAUCCAGUCUAGAAGGUUGGGCGGUUUAGAUUGGCUAGCCUAGGAGUAGUCUAGACCUGAUAGGUUGGGAUCAGGUGACCAUCCAUACAACGGGACUGUAGACGGACCAGGAACACACACAUCUCCCAUCUCCUACUCCCAACCUAGUCGGGGUCAGUUCUUCUCUCUAUCACGCACAGGUUCACCCAACGAUGGGACCGGUUCCCAUUACCAAGGUAGUCUUUGCCGCUGGGUAGAUACACAGGGCAGCCUAGAGGGGACAGGCCCCGUGUCCCAUCCCCCACCCCCUGAGCUGGCCAGUCGCCCUGUCAUGGGGCUGGAUACGGAGCUAGUGCCCCCUAGAGUGGACCGGCCCCGUGCCCCAUUCCCUGCUCCCUUGAGCCAGCCAGUCCCUGGCCUGGGGCUGGAUGGAAGCUGGCGCCCCCUAGAGGGGAAAUGUAACAGUUAUUCCUAGUGCUGUGCUACUGGAGAGGUGCAGUGGCAGAUUUAACCUCCUGCCACCCCCUCGUAGUUCUUCUGGGAUUUGAACCCCCCCUGCCCCACCCCCCAGCUACAAGCACAUGUUGCUGGGAAACAUGCAAACGGGGGUAAAUUGCAGAGGUGGGACUAUUCUAUAUUGACACCGAACACUGCGGGACAAAAUGUACUUUCAAAUCACGGCUCCGCCUCAGUGGUCCGGUGGGGGAGAGGUUUGGAUCGGGCGGGGGUUGGGGGGGUGUAUUUUGAGUGGAUUUCGGGGUAUCUGUCAAAAGCUGGUUCUGGCCCCACACCCUGUAGCACCUCAACCCGCGGCUCGGUGGCUGCUUUCAAUAAAGCUGUUUU